AUGUCCCCAGCCGAAGCUGAGCCGCCUCAAGCAGGCGCUGCAGAAGCCAGUCCGGGGUCGGAAAGCACAAAGCCUGUCACAACCGCACCGCCAUCAGCUCCAUCCGGCCAAGCGGCUCUGAACUCUGAGGAGCCGGUAGCCGGAGCAGGCACGGCAGACAAUGCAUUGGCUGGCGCAGAAGCUCAGCGGGAAACCAGCUGCGGUUCAAGUGGCGUUUCUUUUGAGAUAGCAGCUUCAACUACGGAAUAUCCACACCCAACAUCGGCAGGAACAGCAGCACCGCGACCGACAUUUGCAGCAGCACAGGCAGCAACCCCAGGACGCGAAGCGAACCUCACAACAGACAGCCCAGGGAUGACUACAAGCGAUUUUGUUGAUGUCUUGCAGCACGAUCUGAAUGCGGCAGUGCAGCGCGUGGAGGCCGGCCGGCUGUUGCUGGAGCGCCUGCGGGGAGCGCUGCUGCAGCAGGCCGCAGCUGCAUCAGCCUUCGCCGCGUCCCUCAACGUCGCCGCCGAAACACUGAAGCCCCUCUCCACGGAGUCCAAGACAUGCGCCGCCGCUGUCAAGAGUUACAGUUGUCUUUUGGGCAAUUCGGCUGUCCAAGCCAAAGAGCUCUGCGAUGCCUUACGCAGGGACGUCGUGGCUUCCACGCUAGAAAGGACGAUUGAGAAUCAUGCUCAAGUUCUCAAGCAGGUGAAGUUAGAUGCGGCGGAGGCCCAAAGGAGAAACCAUCUAGCGGCAGUGGAACACCAACGGGCAAUGGAAAAGUAUCUGCGCUGCAGCAAGAUGGCGGCCGCAGCAGCAGAGACAGCUCAGGCGUCGCUGUCGAUGCUGCCAUCGACUAAGACAGAACUGGCGCUCCACUUUGCUGUCCCUGCUGCUUGCCUUAGGUGCAUCCGGCUGUGUGUGGAGGCUCGUCAGGCGGAGGAGGCCUAUGUGGCCUCUGUGCAGGCCUUGCAACAACGUAGCAAGGUGACGCGUGAGCGGGUGCAGAGUAUUCUGUCUUGCCUGGAGGAGAUGGACUUGAAGCGUAUGCAGUGCCUGAGGGAUGCUCUGACAAGGGCGGGAGUUUUUGUAGCAGCAAAUCUCAGGCACAUGCAAUACGAUUUAGAGCGCUCCAUUCAUAGCUUAGCCGCGUACUCCAUUGGAGCUUCGGAUGCAGCCUCGUCAGAGGAAGUCGAAGGGCAAAUUCGGGGGAGGACUGAAGCCCUGGCGGGGCUUCCUAGCCCUCCGGAUGCGGCCGUUGUGCAACGACUCCACGAUGAGUAUUCUGAGCUUCAACUGCGGCUCUUGGGAGUUUGCUGUGACUGGCUUUUGACAGCAGCAGAUACGCAACUGGACGCUUGGGCUGGCAGGCAGCUGUUGCUGCUCGCUGUCGAGAUAGCUGCAUGUGGAACUGCAGUGGAGGACCCUCAGCAGCAGCAGCAUUGGGACUGGAAGCAGGCGCUGGAACAGCAGCAGCAGCUUGCCAGCAGCUUUUGCUCCGAUAUAGAGUGCAAGAGGCAGGAGACAGGCUACGAGGACCACAGCUGCAGUGGCAGCAGCAGCAGUAGCAGGGAUGAUUCGAUCGAAAGACUUGGACGGGAACGGGAAGCAUCGUUAACUACAGUCCGAUGGUCAUUACACCGUUGCGUCUACCACCAUCGAUAUUGGAAUCGCGUGACAUUCUGGGAAGAGGCCCUUGCGCUGACUGUUAGUGAAGAGCUUCAGAGACAGAAAUUGUCUGAAAAGUGGCAAGCAGCGGGUCCAGAGGUGCUGCAGGAACAGGAAAGGCUUUUCCGGGAGAAGAACCCGUGCUGCAGUAGCCUCCCUUCGUUUGGUUCCUUCAUGUCCCUGUAUGGCAUUGCAACAGAGCAGGUGCAGUCGCUGCUUAUCUCGGUCUCUAAGCACCUUAAUUUGGAUGAGCAAACGAGCGAGAUGCUGCUGCAUGGAGUGGCGGAUGUCACUUCUGCGCAAAGGCAAAUGCUACCUGCCCAUGAGGGCACGGGUAGAUGCAGCAGCAGUAAUGGCAACAAGACCAACAAUAAAAUCAGCAGUACCAAUAAAGCGUCUAGCAGUUAG